UCUCACGUGACCUCGUCCUCGCCUGGUUACGAGAAAGCGUCGCUCCCUGGUCGCUACGGAGGGAGGGAUGGGUGUUUUGUAGUUAAAAAGACACUUUUGUGCACUUUCCCACGCAGUUAGGACAGCGGUCUGUCAUGGCAGUGUGUCGGAAACGGUUCUCUUUUGUUAAAAUAACAACUUUUCCAAGCUUUAACGCGUGCCCGUCUAUGUUCUACUGCCACUAACGCAUUGAUCUUUCUUAGAAUGACAGAUAAAGAUUAGUUAGCAUGCUAGCAAGCUAGCUCCUCAGCCUCUGCAUCACCCAGCGACGACACCUGCCAGUGACAGUGUGACUGCAGGUUCCUAGGCAGACAUGGGCAAACUACAGAGCAAGUUCCGCAAGAGGUCUGAGCUCUACAGGGCAUCUCAGGCAGAGAAGACAGAUAAUACCUUUGACAGUCAGGUGGUGCAGUAUGAGCCUGCACAUCAUGGGUCCAUUAACACAGUGACCACUCUCAGUCCAGACCUGUGUGUUUCUGGCGGGAGUGACCAGGCUGUGGUGGUGUAUGACUGGAAACAAGGCCGGAUGUGUCAGUCUUUCCAGGGCCACAACCGAGAGGUUACCAAGGUGAUUUGUUAUCCAGGUAGUACAUGGAUCUUUAGUGCCUCACGGGACAAAACUGUACUGAUGUGGGACCUCAACCAGGGAGACGAACCUAUUCAGGAAUUCUGUGGGCAUGAGUUGGUGGUCAAUGGACUAGCUAUCAGUCCUGAUGGAAGAAAGCUGUGCACUGGCUCUCGUGACAACUGGAUGUGCCUGUGGGAUAUAGAAUCUGCAAAAUGUGAACAGAGACACAACAUAUCUAGAAACCUGGUGACUCAUGUAUGCUGGGUUCCAGCCAGCUCCUCUAUUGUCCAGACCUCCGAGGAUAAGACUAUAAGGGUGUGGGACAGCCGUGUAUGGCAGGUGACCAAUACUUUUCCAGCUAAGCAGUACAUCCAGACCCACUGUGAUGUCUCUCCAAAUGGAAACUACUUGGUGUCCAGUAGCAAUGGCUUUGGAGGACAGGGGUGUGAAGCCACACUCUGGGACCUGCGUCAGCCUGGCUGCAAAGUUGUGGAGUACAGAGGCCACCUCCAAACCACAGCCUGCAGUGUGUUUCUCCCCAUGCAUCCUGGUGGCACAGCUCGAGUGGGAACAUCCUCCCAUGACAGCUCUGUCAAAAUCUGGGAUCAACAUACAGCAGUUUGUUUAGGGACGCUGUCUCUGGAAGGUGCCGGUCCACUGGUUUCGUUGGCACCGAGUGAUUCCAGCAAUCUGUUGUGUGCCAGCUUUAACAAUGGCGUUCAUCAUAUCCAGGUGGACCAGGGACCACAGCAGGCUCAGAGUUCUGGUGCAGGUGGUGCAGGGGGUCUGGAUGUUAAAGUUGUGGCACGUUUUUGACACCCAAGGAGUGCCAGGUGUGAAUUAUAAUGUGAACAGCCAGAGACUCAGCGAGAACGCAUCGCUGGCUAUGGAAAUCAAGUCAUUUUAUUUUAUUUAUUUAUUUUUUACAGACUUUAUUUCUAUAAACAUUUUUGAUUUAUUAGAUUGCCAUGCAGUGAAAAGAGGCGACAAUAAUGACGUAUGGAAGAUGCAACUUUUGUCCAAUACUGGCCCACCAUGGAUGUCCAUCAUAGAUACUCUUCAUGGGGACUAAAAACAAGAAAUCAUACCUACAGUCACCACCAGAGUAACAUGAUGGAGGGCAGGAUUUACCUGUUUUUUUUUUUAUAUAUAAACUGCCACUUUAUUUAGAAAUAUGUACCAUGAGGGUAAACAGCCAUUCCAAUAGGUGAUUGUAGUUUACAUUGAGUGGUUCAAGUUCUUGCACAGUUAACUAAAUUGCCAAAAACUACUAGACAGCCUCUCGCUGUUGUAUUGUUGGUCUAGGCUCUGUAUACAUUGACUUACUUUGUCUGGCUGAUGUUGUCUAUUUAGCCCAAAGUAAUAUUUACAAAAUUUUAUGAGCUGCUAUAGUUUGGUGCAGAUGUUGUUUUGCUUUUGUUGGUGAGAUGAUUGCAGUUUGGUCACCGUUUUCUACCACUGACAGUUCUGGCACUAGGUGGUGCUAAUUAAUCUUAACAACUGAACAACUGGACUAGUGGAUUAUUUUUGACAAACUGAACUGCCCAGAUUACAAAGGAUCAGAUUGAGUGGAUGUCUCAUAAUUAACAGUACAAGAACUUAAGCACUCAAUUAAAUACAAACUAAUGCACGGUGAAAAGAGGAGGAGUGAACCUGCUGUUUGGUCAGUUUUUAUACAUCAUGAGCCAUGAAGGAGAAUUUGAAGCCCAGAAUAAGCAAUCGUUUUUUGUUUCCUGAUGUUUCUUUUUUUCUUUGUUUUUUUUGUUUGUCAGCAAAUGUGAUGUCAGCAAAAGAGCUUGUUUGUAUGCUGAUAAUAUUUAUUAGUUUGUAUUUUAACGUCAACCUGUUGGGGUUUAAAGAUCAGGUCAGUACAACACCAAACUGUAACACAUCUGGUUGCCAUGUAAACGUAAAUGGACAAAGACUUUUUUCUUUUUAAAAAAAGAUAGAGAUCCUGAUAUUUUUGUGAAAAGCAGCUGAUAGUUGAAUGUUUUUUGUAGUGUUAAUUGUAAUUUUUAAAAGUACUAUGCAAAAUACCAGAGUAAUUCCACUUUUUUAAUAAAACGUUGACUCAGUAAACACGGAAAAUACGAAAUAUUGCAAAACUAAAGUUGAAAUGCUGUGCAGGCUGUCCACAUAAAACUUUCCAGCAGUUACUUUAGAUCUUAUUUAAUCAAGGCUGAUGAAGAAUUUAAGUGUUGCAGAUGCUGAAGUACACGCUGCAGUUUAGCAACCCUUUUCAUAAAUAACUGAACUUGUUUUGGAGAUAUGAAACAAACUAUUAUUGUAUUUACAGUGUAGGUUUAAACAGUUUAAAUACAACAGCAUUCACCUUUUUUGUUUUACAGACCUAGAUGGCCAUCUGUCACAAGGACAGUUGUUGCUUCAGCUUCCAAUUUAAUCAAACAAAAAUGUUUUGGUCAGGGAUGAGAACCACAAUGACUAACUUAUAUUUUAUGUGCUGCGAGAUGAGUUCAGAUACAACAUAUGGAUGCUCAUCUGUGGAAUAUGCUCAGAGUCACUUUAUUAGGUACAUUUGUUCAACUUUGCCAGUUAGGCUGGUCUGAGUGUUUCAAAAACUGUUGAUCUGCUGGGAUUUUCCCACACAGCCAUCACUAUGGCUAUCUAAAAAUUGAAAAUAUCCAGCAAGUGGGAGCUCUCUGGGUGAAAAUGCCUUGCUGAUGUCAGAGGAGAAUAGAGAGAACGAUCUGAGCUGAUAGGAAGGCAACAGUAACUCAAAUAACAAUUUGUUACAACCGAGAUUUACAGAAGAGCAUCUCUGAACGCACGCUCUGUCAAACAUUGAAGUAGAUGGGCUAGAGCAAAGACCACACCAGGUGCCGCUGCUGUCAGCUAAGAACAGGAACCAGAAGCUACAGUUCACAUGAACUCACCAAAAGUAGAUAAUAGAAGAUCAGAAAAAUGUUGCUUGGUCUGAUGAGUCUUGAUUUCUGCGUAGUGUUCAAAUUUUAGUCUCAAAAUUUGGUGUAAACAACAUGUAAGCAUGGAUCCAUCUUGCCUUGUAUCCUCUUAUGGUGGUAUAAUGGUGUCUAUAUUUUCUUGACAUGCUUUAGGUUCCUCAGUCCCAACUGAGCGUUGUUUAAAUACCAAAGCCUACCUGAGUAUUGUAGCUGACGACGUCCUGCACCAUGUCACAAAACUCAAAUAAAUCACAAUUGCUUUCUUGAACAUGACAUGGUACUCAAGCAGCCUCUACAAUCACAAAAUCUCAAUCUAAUAGAGCACCUUUGGGAUGUGGUGAAACAGGAGAUGUCGUGGAUGUGCAGCCAACAAAUCUGUAGCAGCUGCUAUCAUGUUAAUAUGGAUCAAAAUCUCUAAGGAAAGUUUCCAGCAAUUCACUGAAUCCAUGUCAUUCGGUAUUAGGGCCCUUAUGAAGUCAAAAGUGACCCAGUACCACCAUAGCGUAUAUAAUAAAGUGUCGGGGGAGUGAAUAUUGGUGUAGUCUUUGCUGAAAAUGGGCUUGUUCCAGAUAGAUGAUAGGUAGCAACUAAAGAUUGCAAGGAAACUAAUGAGUUUCGGUGAUGGAUUGUUCUGUCAAAAGGUGCUAAGAAGUCCCCACAGCAGUUAUUCUAUCUACCCUUGGGGAAGAAAACCAGUGGUAGAGAAGGUGAGAUUUAGUUUUGUUUGGAUAUUUGUCAAGCUGCCAGAUGACUCAGUUCAUUCUGUGUGUUUGAUAUCGUAUAAUACAGCAAUAAAAGCAUUUCAUGUCAUAGUGGUAAAGCUUUAUUGCUCUUUGUGUCUGAUGACUUUUUAUCUAGGUCACAGCCUUAUAUUUUAUCCACCACCUUGCGUAGGACUGCUUUAAAUUCAUCAGGUUAAUAACACGGUUAUAUGAAACUAUUUGUAGUAAUACCAUGAAUUUGAGAGGUGCAAAUCUACAAAACAAAACACUCCUGUUGGUAAAGUUGUACAGCACUUUGGUCUACCAGGUGUGUUUUUAAAAUGCUAUAUAAAUAAAUAAAUGAUGAUGACAAUAAAGUUUACACAGGAAAGCUGCCAAGUACAACUUCAUUUUUCUCUCAUCAGGCACUGGCAAUUUUCUGAAGGUUAUUUGUUUUGCUUUACCACGAAAGCCUGUUUUGAGAUCACUGUUUUCCCACUGUUUCCAAUCCUUACUUCACUGUUUCAGUAAUGCUCUUUCCAUUUGUGAUGGUCAUACUGGAACUAUAGGUUGAACUAUAGGCUGAGCACUUUCUUACAAUAAGAGUAUUGAGUGUAAUAUACAGCUUUUUACAGUAUCGUGUAUUUUUGCUGGGAUAACUGCUGCCAAAAGUGAUCAUUUAAUUCCCAAUCUGGCUGAAUGGGAGCACCUAUUCCCAAACAAUCACGGCCUUUUAGCAACCAAAUAAAACCUUUUAGCACCACCUAGUGUUAGAAAUAUAAUUGAAAGAACACUUCCAGUAAUUACUAGCUAUACUACAAUAUUGAAGCAAUUGUUUAGGUGAAGAAUUGCAAACCAAAUAGCCAUUUACUUUUAUUGUGUAUUAUGAAACUGAGCAUGAAGCAAUGUGUUUC